AUGCCCCGCUGUGCACACCCUCUCUUUAGAAGCAUCGUCAUCAGGAGUCCGUUUGACAGCAUCAAGAGGAAACAAUGCCUCCAGUACCUGAAGACGCUGAGAGCGCUGCAGUUUGACGGGUUCACGACGGUGUACCUGGGGGAAACAGAGAUCCCCGAAAGCCUGGCCACGGGGGAGGACUUCAGGGGCGAGCUCUGCGUGCCGAGUCCGAGCUGGUGCGUGGUGCACGCGGGGGGCAGCCAGGGCUGGGUGCCGUGGCGGUACCGGGUAUUCCUGAGAGACGAGCUGAGCGUCCGCCCGGAAGACGGCUUCUUCGCCGAGUUCUGCGAGGUGGUGAGGAAGGCCUACGGGAAGUGCGCCAUCGUGGUCAAGGACGCCCGGCGGCCGGAGGCCAGGCCCAACGAGGACGGGGAGCCCCAGGCCCGGGCCCGUGCCCGGUCCGUCGUCAACCUGACGAGCAUCGCCUGCUGCCCCGACGUGGCCAAGGCCUGUGGGCACGAGCUGCUCUGCCUGCCUCCCCCGUACAACUACCUGAACCCGCUGGACCUGGCCUGGUCCGCGCUCAAGUGGUUCAUCAUCAACCACAGGAAGGAGUUCUGCCUGAAGUCCAUCGACAGCCUCUACACGUACCAGUUCCUCCUCCUCAGUGACCUCAUCAGCAAAGGGAUGGAGAGCGUCGGCCCCAGCAAGUGGAGGACCCUCAUCAACAAAGUGCGCAGGUGGGAGAACUACUACCUUGGCAAGUUCUCUUAAGGGCGCGUCCUCGCCGAGCAGCCAGGCUGGGCCCAGGCACCGUCGCGGCCCACGGCCUCCCUGGGCUCGACUCCGGACCACGGCAGCCACUGGUACUCCCACGGCGACCGCGCAGGGACGCCACGAGGACUGCGGUUCCCGGGGGCGUGGGCGAAGGGCUUCGGCUCAGUAAAGCGUCCUGGUAGCUGAGGGGUCUGGACUCCUGUGUUGAGGCGGCUUUGAGGGCUGGGCCAGGGGCGGACGGGGCAGCUCAGCUCAGGGGGCCUGGGGAGCACGGUGAACGGAGCUCAAGACUGUGCUCAGCGUGUAGGUCUCAGAAACACGGAGGAGCGAGUGCAGGCCCCAGGAAGUGUGCCCACCCGUGUCCGGCCCCAAAUGACCCACGGAGCCAGCCGUGCUCCUCUCCUCCUCUGCUCAGAGGCCGGUCCCCUGCCCACUUUGCUCACCUGGAGCCAGGCCGCGGAGGAGUGGGGCCCGGAACUCGUGUUGGGUGGUUUUGCUUUUCAAACAAGAGCAGCUCUUGCUGGUGCAUCCUGCUCACCUGCUCACCGAGAAAGCCUUCCGUUUUCCCACCGCAAACCCGUCUUUAAGGGUCUUCCGCCUCCUGCUGUUCUGUGUCGACACUGAUUUCUGUGGUGGCAGUUUUGCCAGUUGUCUGGUCUGAUGUCAGCUGAGCCUCAUGCCACGUGAACCGCAGGGGUGAAGAGAACACACAGCCGCCCUCGGACCUAAGGAAUGCGCCGCCUGCCGGCAGGAAGGCACCGAGGGCCUGCGGGUCACGGGACCGAGAUGGGACUCGAGCUUCAGCUGAUUGACUACGGGGCUCCCUGAGGCCCUGAGGGGCGAGGGCUCUGAAACGCUGGCACCGGCCGCCCCGGGUGCCUGGGCCUCGAUACACGGUGCCCCUGCCCGACGAGUCCGGGCUCAGCGUGUCCUCCUUCAGACCUAACACCGACCUCCCUUCCUGUCUGCUCCUUAGGGAAACCCUCCCUGUGCCCCGCAGACACGCUGCCAGACACUGAGCAAAGGACACUAGUUCUGCCCUUGACACCAGCGGCAGGAAGUCAGGGAGUUCAU